GCGCCCAGCCCGGGUGUCAGGGACGCCAAGGGCUCCAAGAGCUCGAGUAAAGCUCCUGCGGGCGGAAGCGCCUCCCCACCGGCGCCCAAAGCGCCGCCUCGCCGGAAGGCGCGCGCUGCGUCCACGACAGGGGCGCCGGCGGGAUUCUUUGUUUACGGAACCCUGCGGCCAGAUGACGACUCCAAAGCUUCAUGGACCAAGUCCUUCAAUGAAGGCAUGGAGGCGCAAGUCGCCUACCUGCCGGGCGCCUCGCUCUACAUCGACGGCCGCUACCCUGCUGUCUGCCUCGAGGAGACGAGCUGCUCCGUGCGAGGGAUGUUGCUGACGCCUCCGCCAGACAAGGCCGGUCUGAUGGCUUCCAAGCUGUCGGAGGCCGACCAAAUUGAAGGCUACCCC